AUGGCUCCUAGACUUCCUCCCCCACCUCAACCGAGUGAACCUGAUGCUUCCAACAACUCUAGAUUGUUGGAGAACGUCAUUGAGAGACUCCAACAGCAAAAUACCACCCUCAUGGAGCAAAACGCCACUCUGAUGCAGCAAAACCAAGCUGCUAUGCAAGGUUUGGAGGCCUCGCGUGUUAAUUCUGAAAACACGCAAAGGCAAUUGAUGGAGAUUUUGGCUGCCACUAGAGGUGCGACUGGAGCUUCUUCUUCAAACGCCACUCAACAUGCCACCCAACCUAAUGCUGAAUGGAGCUUGGAGAGUUUUCUCCAGCACCAUCCGUCCAAGUUCAGUGGCAAGUGUCUUCCGGAUGAAGCAGACCAGUGGCUGAGAGAUAUGGAGAGAAUUUUCAACGCCAAGAGAUGUCCGGAUGAAAACCGCUUGGCAUAUGCGGAGUACUUGCUGACUGGAGAAGCCAGCCACUGGUGGGCGAGCGCCAGAGCCAUUCUGACGGACGCUCACCAGCAGAUUACUUGGGAAGUGUUCAGAAACAAAUUCUAUGAAGAGUACUUCCCUGACAGUGUCCGUUUUGCAAAGGAGGUUGAGUUUUUACAGCUGGUUCAAGGGGGAAUGUCAGUCUCUGAAUAUACGAACAAGUUCAAACACUUGAUUCACUUCAAUACAAUGGCCACCAGUGAGGAGUGGCAGUGCAGAAAAUUUGAGAACGGUCUACGCAGUGAUUUGAAGGUUGUAGUUUCCAGUUUGUGUAUCCGAACGUUCCCUGCUAUGGUGGAGAGGGCCAAGGUGUUGGAGAAGAACCUGGCAGAGGCGGAACGGCACAAGAAACAGCAGACAGUAAGGGGGCCGAUUGUCUCAAAGGGAAAUGUUAAUCAGAGAGGAUCCCCUUACGCUCGUCCAGCAGUCAACGCGAGUGGAUCCCAAGCCUUGGCUACUGUCGGCCAGUCUGGACAGCCAAGGAGUGUGGCAUGUUUCCAGUGUGGAGGACCACACCUGAGGUGGGCUUGUCCUCAACUGAAUGGGGGAAAAUACUGCACUAAAUGCAGAAGGAAUGGGCACUUGGAGAACGAGUGCUAUGUGGGAGGACGUGCGGCAAUGAGGCCGCCGAACGCUGGAAGAGCCCAACAAGGAAGAGGUGGACGUGCACAAGCUACAGGAAGAGUUUAUGCAAUUACGGGUGCUGAAGCUGCUCGAUCAGGUACGCUCAUCACCAGCACUUGCUUCUUGUUUGGAAAGCCGUGUGUAGUGUUGUAUGAUUCGGGGGCAACUCAUUCCUUCAUCUCGAAGGCAUGCGUUGAGAAACUGGGGCUAGUGGAGAGUGAAUUACAGUUCGACUUGGUGGUGUCAACCCCAGCGGCUGGUGGGAUUAAGACGUCUACAGCUUGUGUGAGAUGUCCAAUAGAAGUUGAAGGGCGUAGAUAUAAGGUCAAUCUCAUUUGCUUACCCCUUCAAGACUUAGAAGUAAUUUUGGGGAUGGAUUGGUUGGCUACCAAUCGGAUCCUCAUUGAUUGUGGAAAGAAGGAGUUAGUCUUCCCAGGUGAAGAAGAGGAGGAGUUGUCUGUCGAUUGCGGUCAGUUGAAGGAAGACAUCAUGGAAGGGGCGAGCUGUUUUCUGAUCAUGACGUAUGAAGACAACGAAGUGGAACGUUCGUCCUAUGAUAAGAGCAGUGGAGGACGAACGGUAGUGGAUGACUUUCCGGACGUCUUUCCGGAUGAAGUCCCUGGUCUACCUCCUAUACGCGAGGUUGAGUUCACGAUCGACUUGGUGACCACUGCUGCACCCAUCUCGGUUCAACCUUAUAGAAUGGCACCCGCCGAGUUGGUAGAGCUUAAGAGGCAAAUUGAGGAGUUGAUGGAUAAGAGGUUCAUCAGGCCGAGUGUUUCACCAUGGGGAGCACCUGUGUUGCUGGUCAAGAAGAAGGAUGGCAGCUCUCGGCUCUGCAUUGAUUAUAGGCAACUUAAUAAGCUGACUAUCAAGAACAAGUAUCCACUUCCAAGGAUAGACGACCUACUGGAUCAGUUGCAAGGUGCGUGCGUGUUUUCAAAGAUUGAUCUACGUUCGGGCUAUCAUCAGAUUAGAGUGAAGGAGGGAGAUAUUCAUAAGACAGCAUUUCGGUCUCGUUAUGGUCAUUAUGAAUAUGUGGUGAUGCCCUUUGGAGUGACGAACGCACCUGCAAUUUUCAUGGACUACAUGAACAGGAUUUUCAGACCGUACCUGGACAAAUUUGUAGUGGUGUUUAUUGAUGACAUCCUUAUCUAUUCCAAGAGCUUUGAGGAGCAUGAAGACCAUUUGAGAAUCGUGUUGAGCGUAUUGAGGGAGAAAGAAUUGUAUGCCAAGCGUUCAAAGUGUGAAUUCUGGAUGAAGGAAAUCCAGUUCUUGGGGCACGUCGUUUCUGCAGGAGGUAUUGCAGUGGAUCCAGCCAAGGUGAAAGCAGUGCUGGAUUGGGAGAGCCCACGUUCGGUCACAGAGGUUAGAAGCUUCGUGGGGCUCGCGGGCUACUAUAGGCGGUUCAUUGAGGGAUUCUCUAAGAUAGUAGCCCCUCUGACUUAUCUCACCAGGAAGGAUCAGCCGUUCGCAUGGACUGAUCGUUGUGAGGAGAGCUUCCAGGAAUUGAAGAAGAAAUUGACGAGCGCUCCAGUGUUAGUCAUCCCAGACACGGCCAAACCGUUUGAAGUAUAUUGUGAUGCGUCGUAUCAAGGUUUGGGCUGCGUACUGAUGCAGGAGAGGAAGGUGGUGGCUUACGCUUCUAGACAGUUGAAGAUCCAUGAGAAGAAUUACCCCACACACGACUUAGAGCUGGCAGCAGUCGUGUUUGCAUUAAAAAUCUGGAGGCAUCAUCUGUAUGGAGCAACGUUUCAAGCUAACGUAGUAGCGGACGCACUAAGCAGGAAGUCGGUUCAUGUUUCAGCUAUGAUGGUGAAAGAACUCAAUCUAGUGGAGAGCUUUAGAGACCUAAAGUUGCAGUUCGAGUUGGAGCCGAACAGUAUCAAAUGCUGCACCUUUAGAAUAACAAGUGAUGUGUUCGACCGAAUCUGGAUGAAGCAACGUGAGGAUGAUGAACUAGUGAAGAUCUUAAGCGCGCUCGGUACGGAUCAGGCCAAACAUUUCAACGCGGGAACGGACGGUAUGUUGCGUUACUUAGGUAGGAUGUGCGUUCCUAAUGAUGGCGAGAUGAAGCGAAUCAUAUUGGAGGAAGCACAUCAUAGUCGUCUUAACAUUCAUCCUGGUAUGACUAAGAUGUACCAAGAUCUUUGGAGUUCGUUCUGGUGGCCUGGAAUGAAGAGUGAUGUCGCACGUUUUGUGGCAUCUUGUUUAACCUGUCAACGUGCCAAAGCGGAUUUUCAAGCAAGCAUAGGAAUGGCACCGUUUGAAGCUCUUUACGGAAGGAAAUGUCGAACGCCACUGUGUUGGUUCCAAGAAGGCGAGAAUGUAUUAACUGGACCAGAAUUAAUCCAGCAAACAACCGAGAAGGUGAAACUGAUUCAAGAACGAUUGAAGACGUCUCAAAGCAGGCAGAAAUCCUAUGCUGAUAAGAGAAGAAGACCCUUAGAGUUUGCUGCUGGAGAUCACGUGUUUCACAGGUUGAAUCCAAUCACUGGAGUGGGAAGAGUCCUUCGUCCAAAGAAGCUUUCACCCAAGUUCGUAGGGCCUUAUCAAAUUCUGAAGAAGAUUGGAUCAGUUGCGUAUGAACUAGCUUUACCACCUCAACUGUCCAAUCUACAUCCGGUCUUUCACGUUUCCCAACUCCGGAAGUAUGUAGCUGAUCCAUCACACGUACUAGAGUUGGAAGAUGUCCAACUUCGCCCAGAUCGAACGCUGGAGAUGCAACCAGUCUGCAUUGAAGACAGCCGCACCAGACUCUACAAAGGGAAGGACGUUCGUCUUGUGAAAGUGGUGUGGGAUGCGAAGACUGGCGACUCAACAUGGGAGGUUGCAGAGGCCAUGAAGGAGCUAUACCCUCAAUUGUUCCCUGAUGGAGAGGUGCCACUUGAGGCUAUGUUGGAAGAAGAAAAUUUGGAGGACGCCAACCUAGUCGAAGUGGAAGUUAAGGCCGAGCAGUAG